AUGUCAUCUUCUCCACCACAGAGUAGUAAUGGUUUCAAUUCAACCAACUACAAUAGAGAUUCACUAGAUAGAAAUUCAGAGUCAAACACUCAAAGCCAACAACAAGCAUCAAAUGCUGUACCGUCAUCACCAUUAUUCUUUAACUCGUCGUCAUCACAGCCUGGUUCAGAUAUCAACAACUCUCAAGUUAACAGAAGAUAUGACAUUUCAUCACCAUUACACUAUACAUCUUCCGUGCAUCACACUUCUGAUUUAGGCCAAUUUAGCUCACAAAGGGCUAGCAGAGUUCACGAUGUUGAUAGAAUCAUGAGAAGACAUCCGAGAAGUGACUUGAACGAUGGUGUCUUAUCUUCACCCCUGCGUAGAAUGUUUGCUCAGAGAUCUAGCCAACCAAAUUUAAUGUCAACUUCUUCAAACUUGGGUACUCAAGUUGAAUCCGACGAGCCCGUGAGAGUCAUUUGGGGUACAAACGUUUCAAUCCAAGAGUGUUCAAAUAACUUCCGUGACUUUUUGUUGACGUAUAAAUACAAGUACAGGAAAGAAAUGGAUGGUAAAAACAUCGAGCCCGAGGAUUAUCACUUGUACUACCAAGAUAAAUUGAGAACUAUUCGAGAAUUGGGGUUGACCAAUUUAAACUUGGACGCUAGAAAUUUGUUGAGUUACCCUCCAACUAGGAAACUAUACCAUCAAUUGAUCAAUUAUCCUCAAGAAAUCAUCCCAAUCAUGGAUCACACUAUUAAAGACUGCUUGAUACAGAUUAUCAAUGACGAUACCGAAGAUGACGCGGGUGCCAGUCUUGACCAGAUCGAGACUAAUGUUUACACCAUUCGCCCUUACAACAUUAACUUGGUUGAAAAAGGCAUGAGAGAAUUGAAUCCUAAUGAUAUCGACAAGUUGGUUAGUGUCAAAGGUUUGACCUUGCGUUCAACUUCGAUUAUCCCCGAUAUGAAGGUUGCCUUUUUCAAAUGCAAUGCGUGUGGCCACACUGUUGGUGUUGAAAUUGAUAGAGGGGUGAUUUCCGAGCCUACCAAGUGUCCAAGAGAAGUUUGUGGACAAACCAACUCCAUGGUUUUGAUUCACAACAGAUCAUCUUUCGCGGACAAGCAAGUUAUCAAAUUACAAGAGACUCCCGAUUUGGUUCCCGAUGGCCAAACUCCACACUCGAUAAACUUGUGUGUUUACGAUGAAUUGGUGGACACCACGAGAGCUGGUGACCGUGUCGAAGUUUGCGGUAUUUUCAGAUCUUUGCCUGUGAGAGCCAACUCGAGACAACGUGCAGUGAAAAGUUUGUACAAGACUUAUUUGGACGUGGUUCACGUUAAAAAGAUUGACAAGAAACGUCUUGGCGCCGAUAUAACCACCUUGGAGAAUGAAUUGGCUGAAAAGGACCAGGAAAUCGAGCAAACUAGAUUGAUCACCUCCGAGGAAGUGGCUGAAAUCAAGGAAGUUUCGCAAAGGGACGACUUGUACGAAGUGUUGGCUAGAUCCUUGGCUCCCUCGAUCUAUGAAAUGGACGAUGUCAAGAAGGGGAUCUUGUUGCAAUUGUUUGGAGGUACCAACAAGACUUUUAAGAAAGGUGGUAGAUACAGAGGCGACAUCAACGUGUUGCUUUGUGGUGAUCCUUCCACUUCCAAAUCCCAAAUCUUGCAAUAUGUGCACAAGAUUGCGCCAAGAGGUGUGUAUACCUCGGGUAAAGGUUCAUCUGCGGUGGGGUUGACUGCUUACAUCACUAGAGAUGUCGAUACAAAACAACUUGUAUUGGAGAGUGGUGCUUUGGUGUUGUCGGAUGGAGGUGUUUGUUGUAUUGAUGAGUUUGACAAGAUGAGCGAUGCCACGAGGUCCGUGUUGCACGAAGUAAUGGAACAACAAACCAUCUCGAUUGCCAAAGCCGGAAUCAUCACCACCUUGAAUGCCAGAACUUCCAUUUUGGCCUCGGCAAAUCCAAUCAAUUCUCGAUACGAUCCCAACUUGCCUGUUACUGCCAAUAUCGACUUGCCUCCGCCUUUAUUGUCCAGAUUUGACUUGGUUUACUUGAUCUUGGAUAAAGUGGAUGAAAAGAUUGAUAGGCAGUUGGCCAGACACUUGACGGAUAUGUAUUUGGAGGAUACCCCGGAUAAAGUCACUAGCCACUUUGUCUUGCCCGUGGAGUUGUUGACAUUGUACAUUCAAUACGCCAAGGAGAACUACAACCCGGUGAUGACCGAGGAAGGCAAGAAUGAAUUGGUGAGAGCUUACGUUGAAAUGAGGAAAUUGGGUGAAGAUGCUAGAUUAUCGGAAAAGAGAAUCACCGCUACAACUAGACAAUUGGAAUCGAUGAUCAGAUUAAGUGAAGCACACGCCAAGAUGAGGUUAUCUGAAACCGUGGAGUUGAUUGAUGUCAAGGAAGCGGUUAGAUUGAUCAAGUCCGCCAUCAAAGAAUACGCCACCGAUCCCGUGACUGGUAGAAUAGAUAUGGAUAUGGUGCAAACUGGUACUACGUCGCAGCAAAGAAGGAUACGAGAAGAUCUAGUUGGCGAGAUUUUGAAGAUCAUCGAGGAGAAUAACAACUUGAUCAGAUUCAAUGAUCUCAGUAUGAAGAUUAACGAGCGGAGUUCAUUUAGGAUUGAGAACAAUGAUAUCAAUGAGGCCUUGAAGCGGUUACUGCAAGAGGGAAAGAUUGUUGAAACUGGUGAAAAUCAUAGGAGAACCAUCAGGAAGUUGGCCGUUGUAUGA